AUGAGUUACAUGUUAGGUCAUCUGCACAAUGGAUGGCAAGUAGACCAGGCAAUUCUGUCUGAAGAGGACAGAGUCGUGGUCAUUAGAUUUGGCCACGAUUGGGAUCCAACUUGUAUGAAGAUGGAUGAAGUGCUGUACAGUAUUGCUGAAAAAGUGAAGAAUUUUGCAGUCAUAUAUUUGGUGGAUAUCACAGAAGUUCCUGAUUUUAACAAAAUGUACGAGUUGUACGACCCGUGCACAGUGAUGUUUUUCUUCCGCAACAAGCACAUCAUGAUUGACUUGGGCACCGGCAACAACAACAAGAUCAAUUGGCCCCUGGAGGACAAGCAGGAAAUGAUCGACAUCAUCGAGACAGUGUACCGAGGCGCGCGCAAGGGUCGCGGUCUGGUGGUGUCGCCAAAGGACUACUCUACUAAAUACAGAUAUUGAGAUGUCCAAUUGCUUGUGUCUGAGCUAAGCUUGCACUGCCAAUGGUUGAUUUUAAAUAUUGCUAAAGAGAUGGCAGUACGAUGAGACAAAGUAAAAUGAUGUGGUAAUCGUAAAUUAAUACACACACCACAUUACUUUAUGAAUAAAAUGUUUGUAAAAAUAAUACCUAUACAAAUAAAUAAUAGUGUAUGCCAGUGGUUUGUAUAACUCCAGCUUAUUCAACUCUUUGAAUUAUGCUUUGAUUUAAAGUUUAGUUAUCCAGGCUGAUUUUAGAAUGGCUGAACCGAUUUUCUAUGACUAAAAAGCGUCUAGACUCUUAUGUCUAGUCAAUUAAGUUUUAAUCUCAGAAAUCCCAGCCUUAAGUGGUGAAAAACGGUUUUUAAUGUGAAAUGCAUUCUGUUGAUUGUAAAUACUGAUCUUGUGACAUUGUAUGCAGACGGGCUAACCCCAGCUUGGUUACUUCUUUCAAAGUAAAGACCCUUGUUCUGAGGACAGACGGCACCUUAACACAUUGAAGGCAACCACACAACACUGCAUUAAACGUGCCAAAGUGCUAGAGCAGGCUGCACCGCAGUGUGUGCAGAAGUAGCGUGCGGCCUCCAAUGUACACAUUGUAAAUAUUUUUUAAGUAAAUUCAAUCACAAUAAACUUUUAUGGAAAUAAAACAAAUUUUCUU